AUGUCCUCCCGCUUCGUCGCUACUCGUCUGGCUCGCGUCAACGCACCUCGAGUUCAGGCACCUGCUGCUCGCCUCAGCCUCGCAUCGCGACCUGCCCGUGCACUACCCACGUUUGCCUCGGCAUCCUCCCAUUCCGUCAGGAUGAGCUCCACCAACGCAACGUCUCUCAACCCACAGCCCGCCCCCUUGCGUGUACAACCUCCUACUGCCCAACAAGAGCAGGCCGACUACGAAGCUGCGUUCAAGCAGGUACAGGAAUGGUUCGAUAGCCCGCGCUUCAAAGGAAUCAAGCGUCCCUAUGGACCUGAGGCUGUCGUGUCCAAGCGCGGAUCCAUGCCUGUUCAGCCACCUGCCUCUUCUCUCACCGCCGACAAGCUUUUUGCGUUGCUUUCCGAGCAUGCAGCCAAGGGCACACCUGCACACACUAUGGGCGCCAUUGACCCCGUUCAACAGUCGCAGAUGGCCCACAACCAGGAGGUGGUCUACGUCUCGGGCUGGGCCUGCAGCUCGGUGCUCACCACGUGCAACAACGAGGUUGGUCCCGAUCUUGCUGAUUACCCCUACACCACCGUCCCGAACCAGGUUCAGCGUCUCUUCAAGGCGCAGCAGCACCACGACCGAAAGCACUGGGACGAGCGAUGCCAACUGACUCCUGAGCAAAAGGCCAAGACUCCGUGGGUGGACUACAUCCGACCUAUCAUUGCUGACGCCGACACGGGUCACGGCGGUCUCAGCACCGUCUUUAAGCUGGCCAAACUCUUUGCCGAGCAGGGUGCCGCCGGUAUCCACCUCGAAGAUCAGCUUCACGGCGGCAAGAAGUGCGGUCACCAGGCCGGAAAGGUGCUUGUGCCCACCUCGGAGCAUGUCAACCGCCUCACCGCUACCCGGCUCGCUUGGGAUAUUCUCGGUUCGGCCAACAUCCUGAUCGCUCGCACUGACUCGGAGUCGGCCAAGCUCAUCUCUUCCAGCAUCGACGCGCGUGACCACGAAUUCAUCAAGGGUGCUUACAAUUUGCCCGAGGGCACGGCCAGUCUGGCAGACACGCUCGCUGCUAAGGAAGCUGCAGGUGCUUCUGGACCCGAGGUGGACGCAGCCGAGAAGGCGUGGAUGGACAAGUGCGAGCUGCUCACCUUUAACGAGGCGGUUGCCAAGCACAAUGCAGCCAACAAGCAGGGCGUCGAGGCGUACAACAAAAAAGUCUCAGGUGGUGUCUCCAAUGGUGCAGCACGCGCCAUUGCCAAAGAGGUGUUUGGAGCUGAAGGUGUGCCCACAUGGUGCUGGGACGCUCCUCGAACCAAGGAGGGCUACUACCACUUUAAGGGCGGAGUCGCAGCCGCCAUCAAGCGUGUCAAGGUCUUUGGCGCAUACGCCGACAUGCUGUGGCUCGAGACGAAGAUGCCUGAUCUCAAGCAGGCGCAGACCUUUGCUGCAGACAUCCACAAGGAUCUGCCCGGAAAGUGGCUCGUGUACAACCUUAGCCCGAGCUUCAACUGGUCCGCUCACGGAUUCUCGGAUGCGGACCUCAAGAACUUUGUCUGGGAUCUGGCCAAGUCCGGCUUCGUGUUCCAGCUGAUCUCGCUUGCGGGUCUUCACUCGACGGGUGCCAUGACCUGUGAACUCUCGCAGCGCUUCAAGACCGACGGUAUGCUGGCCUAUGUCGAGCUGGUGCAGAGGAAGGAGAAGGAGAUCGGAUGCGACGUGCUCACCCACCAAAAGUGGUCCGGUGCUGCCUAUGUCGAUCGCAUGCUGCAGUCCGUCAGCUCGGGCAGCUCAGCAACGCAGGCGAUGGGUGCUGAUAGUACGGAGCGCUCAUUCUAG